CGGCUGGGUCUGAGACCCUUCAGGAACCUUCUCAGGGGACGUACCCACUCUGUUCUCACUGCCAUGUGCCUCCUGUGGCUCUGCUGGGCACUCUGGAUGCUGUCCCUGGCUGGCCCCGGGGCGGCCCUGACUGAGGAGCAGCUCCUGGGCAGCCUGUUGCAGCAGCUGCACCUCAGCGAGGUGCCCAUGCUGGAGAAGGUGAAUGUGGGGGAGCUGGCCAUCCCUGCCCACGUGAGGGCCCAGUAUGUGGCCCUGCUACAGCGCAGCCAUGGGGACCGCUCCCGUGGGAAGAGGUUCAGCCAGAACUUCCGAGAGGUGGCCGGCAGGCUCCUGGUGUCCGAGGCCAACACGCACCUGCUGGUGUUCAGCAUGGAGCAGCAGCUGCCACCUCACAGCGAGCUGGUGCAGGCGGUCCUGCGGCUCUUCCAAGAGCCAGUCCCCACGGCCGCACUGCACGGGCUGUCCCCACGCAGCGCCCGGGCCCGGGUCACCGUCAAGUGGCUACGCGUCCGGGAUGAUGGCUCCAACCGCACCUCCCUCAUUGACUCCAGGCUGGUGUGGGUCCACGAGAGCGGCUGGAAGACCUUCGAUGUGACCGAGGCCGUGAACUUCUGGCAGCAGUUAAGCCGGCCCCGGCAGCCGCUGCUGCUGCAGGUGUCGGUGCAGAGGGAGCAUCUGGGCCCGCAAGCCUCCAGCGCCCACAAGCUGGUGCGCUUCUCCUGGCAGGGUGCGCUGGGCGCCAGGCACGCUGAGCCCCAGCUGGAGCUGCACACCCUGGACCUCAAGGACUAUGGAGCUCAGGGGGACUGUGACCCUGACGUGCCAGUGACUGAGGGCACACGCUGCUGCCGCCAGGAGAUGUACAUUGACCUGCAGGGGAUGAAGUGGGCGGAGAACUGGGUCCUGGAGCCUCCAGGCUUCCUGGCCUUCGAGUGUGUGGGCACCUGCCAGCAGCUCCCAGAGCCCCUGACAUCCAAGUGCCCGUUUCUGGGGCCGCGACAGUGCAUCCCCUCGGAGGUGGCCUCGCUGCCCGUGAUCGUCAGUAUCAGAGAGGGAGACAGGACCAGGCCGCAGGUGGUCAGCCUGCCCAACAUGAGGGUGCAGAAGUGCGAUUGUGCCUCGGAUGGGGCACCGGUGCCAAGGAGGCUGGAGCCGUAGGUGCCCAGUGCAGCCA